UUCUCCAGCAUGGACCUUGACCCACGCAUUCAGCGAGCAGUUGCCAAGCUUGGAUUUGUUCAACCUACACUAGUGCAAGCUAAAGCCAUCCCAUUGGCAUUAGAAGGAAAAGAUAUUCUUGCUCGUGCAAGAACAGGUUCUGGAAAGACUGCAGCAUACUGCAUACCUAUUAUUCAAAAGAUCUUGACUUUCAAGACCAAUAAUGCAUCUGCCCCACCAGCCAUUCGCGCACUUAUCUUGGUGCCUACUCGCGAGUUGGCUGAGCAAGUUCAUCGCCAUAUCCAACAGCUUACCAUGUAUGCUACAAAGGAAGUUCGAUCAGUCAAUAUUUCUACUGGAGAUGUAUCCGUUGCAGGUCAAAGAUCAAUCCUGGCAGAAACUCCGGAUAUUAUUGUAGCCACGCCAGCAAAAAUCAUGGCACAUAUCCGCGAAAACAACCUUGAAUUGAAGGAAACAGUCGAGUCUAUGGUUAUUGAUGAGGCAGAUUUGAUUCUAUCGUAUGGUCACGAUGAAGAUGUCAAGAAAUUGCUGUUACAUCUGCCUCGGAUUUUACAAAGCUAUCUAAUGAGCGCAACUCUUUCUACAGAUGUCGAGGAGCUGAGACAGCUCGUUUUGCGGAAUCCUGUAAUUUUAAAACUAGAGGAGUCUGCUGAAGAACUGAGCAUGCUGACCCAAUACGUUAUUCAAUGUGAAGAAAAAGAAAAGUUUUUGCUCACUUUUUUUAUUUUCAAGCUUCAUGUGCAUCCGUUUGGAUCUGGCAAAGCGAUUGUAUUUGUCAACACCAUUGAUCGAUGCUACAAGCUCAAGAUUUUUUUAGAAUCGUUUGGGAUAAAAAGUUGUGCACUCAAUUCCGAACUGCCCCUCAAAAGCCGAUUCCAUAUUGUUCAGGAAUUCAACAAGGGUGUUUAUGACAUUAUCAUUGCCACGGAUGAAAACAGUGGUUUAUUUGAUGCUGAAGAUCGUGCGGACCUUGAGACAGAGGAAGCAAAAGCAAACAUGACAGUUGAUGACAAAGGCAAAACGGCAUCUAAAACCAACAAUAAAUCCAAGCGGGAAUCUAAUCACGAAUACGGUGUUUCUAGAGGAAUUGAUUUUGUAAAUGUCCAAGCAGUCAUCAACUUUGAUCUUCCUCGAUCAUCUCGAGCAUACCAGCACCGAGUUGGAAGAACUGCCCGCGGUGUACACAACAAAGGAUAUGCUCUUAGUUUUGUGACAAAUAGCUCAGAGCAUACUGUUGUGCAUUCAAGUCGCAAAAAGCAGCGUGCAGCAGCCGAACAGCAAUCCAGUAAAAUCAAGCAAAUGACAGACGCCGAGUUACUCCCACGUAUUGAAAAGCGACAAGCAGCUAUGGGUCGUGAGAUUUUGCCUUUUGCCUUUGAUAUGACCCAAGUAGAAGGGUUUCGAUAUCGUGUAGAUGACGUAUUAGGAUUGAUUACCAAGAAUGCCAUCAAAGAAGCACGACUAAAAGAAAUCAAGGCCGAGAUUUUGAAUUCCGAAAAACUCAAGACACAUUUUGAAAACAAUCCGCAAGAUUUUCAAGCUCUUCGCCAUGACCGAACCACUCAUUCAGUUCGUGCUGAAAAUCAUUUGCGUCAUGUUCCAAACUACUUGCUGCCAAAGGGAAAAGUAGGAGUGGCAUCUGGUGCUUCAACUGGAUUUGUACCGUUUCGUGUCAACAAGAAACGGAAGAUGCAAAAAGGUAGAGGGAAACCCAGCUCUAAUGCCUCGAAACAAAGAGCAGAUCCACUCAAGUCGUUCAAAUACACUGCUACUUGAUGAUUUGUGUGUUUGGUAACCUUUGAGUUUCCUGUUGAGGAUAAAGAAUCAAACUGAGCAAGAAAAGCUUAUUUUGAAUAAAUGAACAAAACAUAAUUGGCUUG